AUGGAAAAUCAAAUUGUGUCAAACUUUUCAUGCCCAUUGUGUUCAAGCAAAACGUUUAAGAAUCUCAAAGGGUUACAUUUGCAUCAGAAUAGAGUUCACAAACAAAAUAACAACAAUUUUUCAUUACUAUUUACUGAUUCUUCACGUAUUUACUGCCCUUUAUGUCCAGGAAAAAGCUAUAAGAAUCUACAAGGGCUAGGUCGACAUGAAUCACUGAUUCACUCUAACUAUAAUAUUCCUCGUGUUGGUUUAAUACCUCAACCACUUGAAGCAAUUUCCGAAUUUAAGAAAACAUUAGUAUUUUUAAUUCAAGACAAAUUAAAAAAUGGGUGUCAGCAACGAAAACAACAUGUAAAUGUACCAUGCUUGGAAAGUUUGUUUGUAGGGAUUUUUUAUGAUAACAUUAAACGAUAUUCACCAAGCCGUGGAUUUUAUUACUGUAUAUUUGGUGGGGUAGGAGCAUAUGAAAUAUUAGGUCAAAUCUUUAAUGAUUCAAAUUGGGGUGUUCGUAAAUAUAAAAAUCAACAACAAUCCUGGGUGAUUUUAGUAUCUUAA